UUUCAGAAUAGUAAAUUUCUUAUAUAUUUUUUUAUUUUUGCAGACAACUAUAUUUAAAUAUUCUUUACACCAAAUCAUGAAAUUAGUCCGUUUUUUGAUGAAGCUCUCGCAUGAGACGGUUACUAUCGAAUUAAAGAAUGGAACUCAAGUUACAGGAGCAAUUCAAGGCGUUGAUGUUGCUAUGAAUAUGCAUUUACGUUCUGUGAAGAUGACUAUACGCGGACGUGAACAAAUGCAACUUGAUACGCUUUCCAUACGAGGGAAUAAUAUUCGCUAUAUUCAAUUGCCGGACUCACUUCCACUUGAUACUUUACUUGUUGAUGAUGAGCCACGAAAGAAGCCAUCUCAGCGUCGUUUUGGAUCGGGACGUGGCCGUGGUGGCGGACGUGGUAGAGGAGGCACUCGUGGAGCGCGUGGUGGAAGCCGUGGUAGACGUUAA